AUGUCACUUUCAAAACCCAUACCUGCGGCCAAUAAAUUUUACCACAAUGCAAAGUUGCUUGGCCAAUUCUAUAAGAUCAAAUUUACUUGUGAAACUUGUGUUGACUUUUGUAAAGAGAUCAGAACUUCCUUAUCUCAACUCGCGCGCGCAGGAGUUGAUCUCCCGGACAACUUUGUUUUCUUUAUGGUUACCGCCAAGCUUCCCGAAGAAAUGGCAAUGAGGGUCGAGAAGUCAUUGAACAGUGAUCUCGACGUAGACCUUGUCUUACAUCAAAUCCAGCAAGAUGCAAGUCAACAAAUUGACGCUGCUAGUUCCAAUGAUCCUUCAGUUGGUUCAUCUUCUAAUGUGAUCACCGCCUCGCCUGAUGUGUCGAACACAAUUGAACAAAUACUCUUGGACAGCACAGGCAUCAACUUUGAAAUUUGGCAAGACGCCAUGCAGAAGAAGCUUGAAGACCUUUUUCUAUGGAACACCACCACAAGACCCCGUGUACACAUCAAAGCUUGUGAUUCAGCCUGGUUCACGAUGCUCGAAACAAAAUCUUAUGAUGUUAUAAUGGAAAGUUUAGAUGAAAGAUCCGCAGCAAUCGCCAAAGCUUACAGUGAUCUCAGCUUCAAAACGGGAUCUGGCUUAUGGCAGUACCUUCAGGAUAGAUUUUCCACGACAACUUUCGACAGAAAGAGAAAAUUCAGGAUAACAGUGGAAGUGUCAAACAAAAAUAUAACAGAUCAUAUGAGACCUUACGCGAAUUCAAAGUGGGAUGCGGAAUUACAAAAUGCCAGCAAAACUCCAGUCGUUCGUGCAAGUUCGAUUGAACCCUGUCAUAGAAUGCAAGUUUCUCUCCUGGUCUGCUAA